CGAAUCGAAAACAGCCAAGUGUAAAAUAAAAAUGGCUGCAGAAAAUGACAAUUGUGUUGUAGUCAGCUUUAAUGACAGUUUAAUUCACCAAUCAGAUGUUGAUUUACUUGAUGGUCCUAACUGGAUAAAUGAUAACCUUAUAAACUUUUGUUUUGAAUAUUUUGAGAAGGAACAGUUUAAUCAUUCAGCAGACAAGCUUGCAUUGAUCAGUCCAGAUGUUGUACAGUUUAUAAAGCUUGCACCAGAUGAUGAGCUGGGAGAGUUUUUGAAACCAUUAAAUCUUCCGUCAAAGGAAUUCAUAUUCCUGCCAGUUAAUGAUAACCAGGUCAGCAACCAAGCUGGAGGAACUCAUUGGAGUUUACUUGUGUAUGUAAGAAAUAAACAGGAGUUUAGGCACUAUGAUUCCAUGGAAUGUACAAACAAAGAAAUUGCCAAGAUUCUAGCAUAUAAAGUACAACCGUAUUUUCAAGCACCCAGAGGGAGAAUGAAGGUUAUAGAAGUUGAUAGUCCAAAACAGAAAAAUAGUUUUGACUGUGGUGUGUAUGUUAUCUCAAUAGCGGAACAUUUAUGUAAAGAACUGUGUGAAGGUUAUAAUAUACCUCUGAAUGACCUAGUUAAUUCUGAAUCAGUGUCGAAGAAGCGCUCACAAAUAAAAGACCUCAUUUAUCAUGUCGCAGAGGAGUUUGGAACUUGACAAGCUUCAUGAGGACACAGAUGUGUGACAGAAAAUUUCAAGCAUUAUUGUGACUAAGAUUGUGAAUUGUUACAGAUAUACAGUAUAUACCAAAAAAAAAAAGAAAAAAAGACAGA